CCCCGCGGCUCCCCGCGCGCCCCUCCCCCGCGCGCGGCCGACUGCGGCGCCCCGGGGGGAGGAGGACGCGCUUGGCCGAAGUUGUUUUUCCUUUCCGGUGGCCGCGAUCAGGUGUCCCCGCCCCCGCGCCGCGGCUCCGACGCCCCCUCCGGGCCCGGCCCCUCCUCCCCGCCCCCCUCCGGGCCGGGCCGCGGAUGGUACGUUCCGCACGUGAGCCGGGUGCUGGUCUGGCCGGGGACGCGCGUGCCCUGUGGCCAAACACUGCCCGGAGUGCGAGCGAACUCCCGGCGCGGCGCGGCCGGCGCGAGGCUUGCGUGCGCGGGUGCCCGAGCGCCAGCGCGGCGGGAGGGGGCCCCGGCGGCGGCGGCGGCUGCCCACUUUCCGCCCGGCGCCCGGGAGGGAGAGGCUGGAGGCGCGCGGAGCACCCCCGACAGCUGCCCGGGCGCGGGUCCCGCAGAUCGCGGAGCCCCCAGACGCGGAACGGAGGAGACGGACCGCGGGAGAACAUGGACGGAGGAAUCCCCCACUUGCAGGAGAGACAGUUGCUGGAACACCGGGAUUUUCUAGGACUGGACUAUUCCUCUUUGUAUCUGUGUAAGCCCAAGAGGAGCAUGAAGCGAGACGACAGCAAGGAUACCUACAAAUUACCGCACAGAUUAAUAGAGAAGAAGCGGAGAGACCGAAUUAAUGAAUGCAUCGCUCAGCUGAAAGAUUUACUGCCUGAACAUCUGAAGUUGACAACUCUCGGGCAUCUGGAGAAAGCCGUAGUCCUGGAAUUAACUUUGAAACACUUGAAAGCUUUAACAGCCUUAACCGAGCAGCAGCAUCAGAAGAUAAUUGCUUUACAGAAUGGCGAGCGCUCGCUGAAGUCGCCCCUGCAGGCCGACCUGGACGCCUUCCACUCGGGCUUCCAGACGUGCGCCAAGGAGGUCCUGCAGUACCUGGCGCGCUUCGAGAGCUGGACGCCGCGGGAGCCGCGCUGCGUGCAGCUCGUGAGCCACCUGCACGCCGUGGCCACCCAGUUCUGGCCCGCGCCGCCGCCGCUGCCGCCCCCCGCCGCGCCCCCCGCCGCGCCCGCCGCCGCCGCCGCCGCCGCCGUGCCCAAGGCCGAGCCCCCCGCGCACUGCGUGCCGGUCAUCCAGCGGACUCAGCCCAGCGCCGAGCUGGCCGCCGAGCACGACACGGACACCGACAGCGGCUACGGCGGCGAGGCCGAGCCCCGGGCCGAGCCGGCGCGGGCGGCGGGCCGCGUGGCCGUCAAGCAGGAGCCCCCCGGGGACGACGCGCCGCCCGCGCCCAAGCGGCCGCGCCUCGACGGCCCCGGCGCGCCCGGCGGCCCCGCGGCGGCCGCGCUCCUGGGCCCCGAGCCGGGCGCGGCGGCCGCGCUGCUCCGACCCGACGCCGCGCUGCUCGGCUCGCUCGUGGCCCCCUUCGCGCCGCCCGCCGCCCCCUUCUGCCUGCCCUUCUACUUCCUGUCGCCCUCGGCCGCCGCCGCCUACGUGCAGCCCUUCCUGGACAAGAGCCUGGAGAAGUACCUGUACCCCGCGGCCGCCGCGCCCUUCCCGCUGCUCUACCCGGGCCUGGCCGCCGCCGCCGCCGCCGCCGCCGCCUUCCCCUGCCUGUCGUCCGUGCUGUCGCCGCCCCCCGACAAGCCCCCGGCCGCGCCCGCCGCGCCCCCGCCGGGCCGCCGGCCGCUGCCCUGCACCGGGCCCCCCGCCGCCGCCGCCGCCGCCGCGCCCGACGAGCCCCCGCCGCCCCGGGACGGGCCCUGA